CGCGUGGGCUGCAUGAGGAAUCCCUUCUGUGGCGUUUUUUGCAUUCCGAAGCCACAGCAAUCAUCUUAUUUAACUUUUAUAGUUGAAAUGAAGAGAAUUCUCAGCUGUGAAGAAGCCUAGGGAAAUGUACACCGUAAAUGGCGAUGGGGAAAGCUGUGAUCCAAUUGUGGGGUUUGACCAUUUCUAUUGGAAUCCGUAUUCCAAAGCAGAGCAAAGGAUAUCAAAGCCAUUUUUUGUCAACAAUUGCAUUUGGGUUUGGUGCUCAGGAUAAGAAUAAGCGGUUCCCACAUUAGUAAAACAGGGAAGAGCUUAAGGAGACGGCGAGGAUUGGUGUCCAAGCCCUCACAACACAGCAGGGCCUUUCACAGCAUGCAAAUAUAUCGCUGCUCCAGAUCAAAAGGAGCGAAGUGAGUCAGCUUCUAUCGCAGGCUCUGGGCUUUCACAGUGCCUGUGGUGUAUCCAGGCCCGUCCCCCCCCCAGGGCUGUGCUUGGGGCUCUUGAGCUGCGGGGAGAGCAGCACUGACCGAUACACGUCCAGAGGAGCAGAAGGGCAACCCAGAGCCGCGAUGGAGCUGAUGGUGUCAGUGUUAAAUAACACUGCUCACGGCAGUUGAGGGGGGCAGGACUCGUUCCAGCACUAUUAAUAUAGCCCCUAUUUUUAUGCCUGGGUUCCUGCAAGCGCCACAGCAGAGCUACAGCUGCAGAACUAAAAUGGAAUAAAUGUCAGUCCCUGGGAAGAACGUGAUCCUUUCAGCCAUCGUGAGGGAAAGCAGGCAGCGAAAGGACAGAAUAAGGGACAGUAUUCAGAGCUGGGAACUGAUCGCAGCACCCUGAGAGCGCAGCCGGUGGGCAGAGCCAGCAGCAACCUCCCUGCAGCAGCACUCCGUGCCAGAGACGCACGCUCAGCGUCAGCACAGCACCUACGGAUACCGGCAGAGGGAGGCAGGAAUUGGAGCUGCUGUCUGCUGAUCCGGUGCCAGGUGUGACUCAGGACAAAGGGCAAAAGCCUGAAAGGAAGUUUGGGUUUUUUUUUAAGUUGCAUCGUCUGCAGGACUGGAAAGAUGAUGGAGAGCACAGGAGGGCCGUAUCUGAACACCGCGGCUGUGACAUCUCCGGUGGGAAUAGUUCGUUUGCUGCAGAUGAUGUUUGGAUGCACCACAUUCAGCCUGGUGGCCCAUCAGGGGGGAUUCAGCGCAGCAUACGGCACUUUCUGCAUGUUUGUCUGGACCUUCUGCUUUGCCGUCACUGUCUUUAUCACUACCUGUGAGUUCACGCACCUGCACAGCUGUCUGAGCAUCUCCUGGGGAAACUUCACAGCUGCAUUUGCCAUGCUUGCCACGCUCAUGUCGGUCACAGCGGCGGUGAUUUACCCGCUCUACUUCGUGCAGCUCGGCUGCUACCCCAUCACCUGCGAGGUGAGAGACUUCCGCAUAGCGGCCAGCGUCUUCGCCGGCCUCGUGUUUGUUGUGUAUGGCGUGGAGGUGUUCUUGACCAGGGCCAAACCAGGACAGGUCACCAGUUACAUGGCCACCGUCUCUGGGCUCCUGAAGAUCGUACAAGCCUUUGUGGCCUGCAUCAUCUUUGGGGCGCUGGUGAACGACAGCCAAUAUAGCAAAUACGUGGCCACACAGUGGUGCGUGGCGGUCUACAGCUUCUGCUUUAUGGUCACGGUGGUGGUGGUCGCCUUCAGUGUCACAGGUAAGACCGCCCAGCUGUGCUUCCCCUUCGAGCGCUCUGUGGUUGUCUACACUUUUGGGGCCGUCCUGCUGUACGUGAGCGCAGCCGUCAUCUGGCCGGUGUUCUGCUUUGACAGCAAGUACGGCUCCCCGCAGCGCCCCAGCGCCUGUGCUAAGGGCAGGUGCCCCUGGGACAGCCAGCUGGUGGUGGCCAUCUUCACCUACGUCAACCUGCUGCUCUACGUGGUAGACCUGGCGUACUCCCAGCGCAUCCGCUUCGUAUCCCACAUCUGAGGCCUGGCUCUGCCCCGGCUCCAGCAGCAGCAGCAGGAAAUGGGACGCGGUGAGGACAGGCACUGACCGGGACAGGAACCAGAGCUCAUUGCCAAGGCUGAGUGGGCCCACGGUCACAGCCCGCAGUGGGUCAGCUGCCCACCCCCAUCAGUCGGCAUUUGCUUCAGCCAACUGGUGCCAGAGUGAAGAAAUUCUGCAGUCUGAAGUAUGCAAAAUGGCGUCUCAUCUCCAGAAGGCAAAAAAUGCUUGCUGCAAUAGUGGGUCUGUAAGCUGCUGGAAUGCUGAGCCAAAUAUUAGGAAAGACACCAAAGAUUUUGAAACUGUUACCAACACUUAACUAUAAUCAAGUGACUACCCAGGAAGUGGGAAAGUUAAAAGCUGCAUCAAGGAACAGCAGUUCCAGAGACGAAAAACAAUGUUGGAUUUUGGGUUAGUCUGGGCUGUGUGGUGAGACAUGAAAUACUUGCAAAUGUGGGAAAUUCCAGUCAGGAUGUUUCUGAGAAGAACAUCAUAGCUGUGAUAUUAUUUUGAUGAUUUCCUUUCCCUCUGCUCCCCUGUUUAGCACAGAAAAAGAAUAUCCCAAGCACGCACCUCGAGGGGGAGCAUAGGGUAGGUUAUUCUAUUUAGCAAACACCAAGUCUGUACAGGAAUGAACAUUUGUGUAACUGGAGUUCUAUUGCCAAGAAAUGGUGCAGAAUAGACCCAAAUUGCAAAGCAACCGCAACCAGACAUUCUUGCUUGGACAGGACCAGAGGGUACCUCAGCACCUGCGCUGCUCAUAUGUCAUUGCUUCUUUAUACUGAUCUCAGGAUUAUUUUCCUGCAAGUUUAAAGCUAAGUUUUGGGGGUGGAGGGGGGGAUGAAGGGUAUGCAAAGAUGAAUUGAUAUUACAGCCCUGCAUAACGACUGAACUCGUAGGGAAAAUCCUUGCAUGUAAUGGUAACAAACGGAGGGUGCUGGCUCAGAGCAGAUCAGGUUCUGGGAUUCCUGAGCUCUCUGUGUCACACACCAGCUGUGCUCCUCCGACCCAUCCCUGACAAAACACCCAAAAAAGUCCCACACAGCAUGGCUCAGGUUUCUGGCUUAGCUGAACAACUCCUCACUUGCCAUCAGGCAGACACUAAAGCAGCCCGAGUUCUCGUGCAGAGCAGAUAGACUGGAUUAAAAUCCAGAAGCAGCUGACGGACAGAAGCGAGAUUUAUUUUUUAAGCAAAUAAAGCUGAAUGGCAGCCUUGCAGACUACACCUACAGA